UUCCCUUCCAACUGCUUGCGGUGACCGAGAGUUUGUACCUCACCUGGUUUUGGAUAGUAGUGAAGAUCUCAAGAUGGGUAUUAAACAGCUGUAUCAGGUGAUUUCAGAAAAUGCCCCAGAUGCCAUCAAGGCAGGGGACAUUAAGAACCACUUUGGCCGAAAGGUCGCUAUAGAUGCUUCCAUGAGUAUUUACAGUUUCCUUAUUGCGGUCCGUUCCGAAGGUCAGCAGCUCAUGAGCGACACUGGAGAGACAACGUCGCAUUUGAUGGGCAUGUUCUACCGCACUCUGCGCAUGGUCGACAAUGGGAUCAAGCCUCUGUAUGUAUUUGAUGGAGCUCCCCCGAAGCUCAAGUCCGGCGAACUAGCCAAGCGAUUUGCUCGAAAGAGCGAAGCCACCGAGGCUCACGAGGAGGCCAAGGAAACCGGUACGGCAGAAGAUGUUGAGAAGUUCUCGCGACGCACAGUACGAGUCACCAGGGAGCACAAUGCAGAAUGUAAGAAGCUUUUGAAGUUGAUGGGCAUUCCGUACAUCGAUGCCCCCACGGAAGCCGAGGCGCAGUGCGCGGUUCUCGCGCGCGCUGGAAAGGUCUAUGCAGCUGCUUCGGAGGAUAUGGACACACUAUGCUUUGAGACGCCAAUUCUCUUGCGCCACCUUACGUUCAGUGAACAGAGGAAGGAACCCAUUCAGGAGAUCCAUUUGAACCGUGCGCUGGAGGGGCUUGGUAUGGACCGCAAGCAGUUCAUUGAUCUUUGUAUCUUGCUGGGUUGCGAUUACCUUGAGCCGAUUCCCAAGGUCGGACCCAACACGGCGCUUAAGCUAAUCCGUGACCACGGAAGCCUGGAGAAGGUGCUUGAGUUUAUGGAGAACGACCCGAAGAAGAAGUUUGUCGUUCCCGAGGAUUGGCCCUACGAGGAUGCGAGAGAGCUCUUCUUGAACCCCGACGUGCGGGACGCCAAUGAUCCCGAAUGCGACUUCAAGUGGGAAGCGCCCGACGUGCCCGGUCUAGUAGACUUCCUGGUCAAGGACAAGGGUUUCAACGAGGACCGCGUCAAGAACGGCGCUGCUCGCUUGCAAAAGAACUUGAAGUCCGCUCAACAAUCCCGCUUAGAGGGAUUCUUCAAGCCGGUCGCCCGCACUGAUGAAGAGAAGGCGAGCCUGAAGCGCAAACACGACGAGAAAAUCCAAGAGCAGAAAAAGAAGAAGAAGGAAGAUGCCAAAGCCAAGAAAGAGGCCAAGUCACGGCCCCGCGGUGCUGGUUAAAUACCAGGCAUAAUUUUUUGUCCCAAUUGGUCGUUGGAUAACGACCAGAAAAAAGCAGCGACACUUCGACCGACACCACACGUCGGCCUAUAAAAUGUUCACCGAGUCCUUCCAGAACUCAUGGUGUCUAGAGGCGUUAUCGGGUUUAUUCAUUCAAUUAUGUGUGUAACUAGUUACUUCAGGCGAGAGGCGUUCCAACCGGCGGGAUAAAUG